GGCUUCUUACAAAGGAAGCAAUUAAUAGCUUUUAAUUUACAAGAAGGGUAUCAUCUAUCUGACUAUAUUUUACGGCUAGAAAUCCAUGAAUCUGGUCACAUUGUAUUGUCUCUCUCUUGGUGAAAGCAGUUGAAGAAAAAAAAUGCUAUUUUUUGUAUGUUUGGGAGUAUACGCUGCCAUAGUAGAGAUCACUGAAGGCAGCACUAGCUCAGCGAUCUUCAGCGUCAAAGAAAAGUACAGAAAUACGAACGGUGUGUUUCACAAGUCAAGCGAUUAUCAAACUCUGCUUUCAUGUGGACAUGCAUGUUUGAGAAACCCACGCUGUAAGGCCACGAACUUUCGUAAUGAAGGAAACAGCCAACAUGACAGUGCUGUUUGUGAGUUUGUAGACGUAUCGCUGUCAGAGCUCCACAGAGGCUUGGUGUUYGACAAGGAUUGGGUUUUCUCGCAUAACAUGGAGGAUGACUGUCGGUUUGUGACAUGUACUAAUGGUGGAUCGUGCAUCUAUGACAAUAACAUCAACCAUUACCGAUGUUCGUGUCCAUUACUGUGGACAGGUGACAGAUGUCAACAAGUCCAGUAUUCCAAUGCUGUGUUUAAUUUCACAACCCUUGGAUUUCAUGGUCGAAGUGGUCCAACCAAUAAUAAACGCUACAAGGGAACAGUCCUGGAAAACACUUCAAUUGUCAACGGCGUUCAAACRUGGGCGGUACCAAUUUCGGGAAAAUACCAUGUGACAGCUUGUGGGGCGGCUGGUGGGACUGGCUACGGCGGAAGCCAAGGAGGAAAAGGCGCUCUCAUAAAUGGCACAAUUCAACUCCAAAAAGGCGAAGAACUUGAAAUCAUCGUCGGUCAAAAGGGUGGGACUAAAAGCAAUAAAACCUAUGGUAGUGGUGGUGGGGGAACGUUCUUAAUCCGAAGAAACGCUCCAAUAGCUAUUGCUGGGGGAGGGGGUGGUGGGGGGUAUUUUUCAAAUGGCGGAGAUGGUCGAGACGAAUGCGGUAAAAAUCCAGGUACCGGCGGUGAAGUCUGCGCACAUGGAAUCGCUACCUUCGCUGGAGSUGGAGGUGGYUUUCGCGGAAGUGGUACUUGCUAUAACAGCGGCGAUUGCACCACCAUAAUUUGCAAGUAUGGUGGGAAAGCGUUUGUGGAUGGUGGAGAGGGUGGCAUUGCAGAAUUACGCGCAACACCGGAUUGCAACGGUGGUUUUGGCGGGGGAGGAGCRAGUGAUAAUGCCGGAGGAGGGGGUGGAGGUUACUCAGGUGGUUCUGUUACAAUAAUAAACGYUACAAAGAAUGCUUUUGCCGAAGGGGGUUGCUCGUUAGCACCGCAUGGUGGUGUAGUUAUACCAGGUUAUAAURAUGGGGAUGGAUAUGCUACAGUAAAGCUGUUAUCGUACGUGUAGUUUGUCUAAAAACAAAUAAAGCCUUAGGCAAAGUGACACAAACGAAUAGCUGAAAUGUAGGUGGURAAAUGGAGCAAGGUCAUAUUGAAGAAACGCCGUUGAACGGCGAAAAUCCUGUYACAUCAGGUCACUCAACAAUGGUUGAGCUACCUGUGCAGGCCCGUAGGCUGCCUUACAAAU